AUGCCUGAUAACUUCGACAACAACAACAGCCCCGACGAUGAAGAGCCUUCUGGUGGUGGUGGGUAUCGCCCCCUGAAACACCUGGACGAAUCUCUGUUCCCAAACAACGACGGGGACUUCGCAUCUUCGUUCAUGCAGCCACGUGGACCAGCAAGCCAGCUUCACACUCGACCCUCAGCGGCAAAUCCACCCCCAUGGGAAGACCCAGCUCAGGCUUGGCGGUACGUGGAUGAUGACAGGGUAUGGACCGGCGAAUCUUUCGUAGUUUCUCGUCGUACUCAGCCGGAUACGCGGAUAGGCAGGGCCAAUCCGCAGACCUCUGGAUUUUCCACAGCAGCCGUAGCCCCACAAGAUCCUGCUCAAAUGCAAGCACCGAGAGGCCUACAUGGUCCUGGUGUCUUUGACUUCAUUGGACAGCCGCAAGCUCCAGUAGGCCUUCAGCAGCGUGGACUAGAUAGCUUUCCAUCUUUAGUUCCUGGUAGCCGCGACAGUGUCGUGCGAGGUUCACCUGCAGCUCCUAGAAAAACGGUGAAGCCCUCUGCGCCUAGCAACAAUGGCCAAUUCGUGUUCACCGGCUGGAACGAUGAAGCCAAGCGGGAGCUCUUCAUGUGGAAAGUGAAGCGCAAGAAAGGCUACACAUUCUUCUUGCAUCUCUUUCCUGGUGAGACUGUGGAGUCACUACACGAAGCUUUCAAGGAGUACAAGUACGAAGGAGAGCGUCUCUUCAACGGAUAA